CGUAAGAUAUAGCUAUGGUUAAGCGCUACACGUUCGGGCUAAUAAGAUGGAUAUAUUUCUCUGCGAUUGCUAAACCCAUAUAUUAUCGAAGAGAUUUAUUACAUAUACGUGUAGGUCAGUACCUACUUAUAUCUGUACUUAUCUCAGAGUUAAACUACCUAUGGCCUGAACGUAUGUAUAAUUAUAUGUAAAAGUAUGUAAAAUGAUAGCC